GCGACGCGUUGCGACGACCACCGCGUCCCGGAGCAGCUGUAGUUGUGCUUUUCGAGGGCUGCGAUCAUUGUCAAUCGCUUGACAGCCUGUCGAACUGCUGACAGCAAAACCUCAACCGACGCGGCCUAAGACCAUACCGUGCGCACUCUGCCCAAAGCAGCAGCGAUGGCCAGUCCUGGCCCGGACGAGUCGGCUUCUGCUCAACAAGAUUGGGCAACGGGAGAAUGGGGUGGAGAUGCUGAACAUCAGAAUAUUGAGCAUAGCGAACAUGAUGCUGCCACUGCUUAUGAUCCUGCUUCCAAGCCUGCCGAAUCUUCCCCCAGUGAUUCUGCCUCUAAUGAAGAAGACGGCGGGGAAUAUGAUCCCGAGUCUGUUUCUUACGAUCCUGCCUCUGCUCCUACUAAUGACACUAUCCUCCCCGAUGCUCCUGCUCCCGCCAUGGCUUCUGCCUCAGCUUCUGAUGCACGUCCAGCCAAGAAGCCCAAGACGGCUGGCGGCUUCAUUGUUGGCUCGUCUGAUGAUGAGGACGAAGAUGACGCCACCCCCGCCCCGGCACCGGUCACUGUGCCUACCACAGCGAUUCCAAGGCAGUCAUCGCCCUCAGUGGCACACCCGCAGAAUCCAGCAAUGCAACCGAGCGGUCAACCGAAUACCGGGUCAGCGCCAGCAAUGUCGGAGCGAUUGCAAAACGACACGAUUGGCCUGCUCGAAGAUCGAGUCAAAGAAGAUCCGAGAGGAGAUAUGGAUGCAUGGAAGACCCUGAUCCAAGAACAGCAGCGCCGGAACAAGAUUGAAGAUGCGAGAGCUGUGUACGAGCGGUUCUUUGCGGUGUUUCCGCAAGCAGCCGAGAUCUGGCUGGAAUACCUCACCAUGGAGCUUAGCCUGGACAACUUCCAGCAAGCGGAGGCCAUCUUUGGCAGGACACUUUUGUCUGUUCCCCAUGUCGAUCUGUGGACUGCCUAUCUCAACUAUAUCCGAAGGCGCCAUGACCUGAACGACCCGACUGGCCAGGCCCGGCAGGUCGUGAGCACCUCAUACGAGUUUGUUCUACAGCACAUUGGGCAGGAUCGCGAUGCUGGCCAGAUCUGGUCCGACUACAUUCAGUUUUUGAAGAGUGGCCCGGGGCAGGUCGGAGGCUCGAGCUGGCAGGAUCAACAGAAGAUGGAUAUUCUGAGGAAAGCCUACCAACGAGCCAUCUGCGUUCCGAUGCCAAACCUGAAUGCGCUGUGGAAGGAAUACAACCAGUUCGAACUAGGGCUGAACAAGACGGCUGGUCAGAAAUUCUUGCAGGAGCGGUCGCCGUCAUACAUGACGGCUAGGACAGCCAAUACCCAUCUGGAAAAUCUGACGAGAGGUCUGGUUCGGACAACCCUGCCGCGCCUCCCUCCUGCGCCUGGUUUCGAUGGAGACACAGAAUAUCAGGAGCAGAUCACGCUCUGGAAAGCAUGGAUCGCGUGGGAGAAAGACGAUCCUCUUGUUCUUCAGCAAGACGACCCAAAAACAUACCAGCAACGCAUUCUGCAUGUCUACAAGCAGGCGUUGAUGGCUCUGCGCUUCUGGCCCGAGCUCUGGGUCGAAGCGGCGGAGUGGUGCUUCGAGCAAAACAUGAUCAACGAUAAGGGACAAGACACUGGGUCGCAGUUCCUGAUUGAUGGUGUUGCUGCCAACCCUGAAAGCCCGCUUCUUGCGCUUAAACAUGCCGACCGCAUCGAGUCUACGCACCAGGUCUCUGAAGGCGACGAAGGCAAGGCCGCCCUGGCCCAAGCUGUACGUGCACCUUACGACCAGGCGUUUGACACUCUGUACGACAUGAUCAAGAAGCUCAAAGAUCGAGAGACGGCAGCCGUUAUGAGGAUUCGUGAUGACCCAACUCUAGGUGGCGAGGAAGAUGAGGGUGAGAUCAAUGAGAAUGGGCCGAGCACAUCUCUCAAGCAAGAGCGUAUCAAGGCACUUCAGACUGGAUUCGCCGCACAAGUUCACCUGAUCUCUCAACAAAUCUCGUACCUCUGGAUUGCUCUUGCCCGAGCAUUCCGACGCAUCCAAGGCCAAGGAAAGACGGCCUCUGGAAAGCCUACAACCGGCAUUCGCGCGAUAUUCACCGAGUCACGAUCCAAGGGCCGUCUUACGAGCGAUGUCUACGUUGCGAUCGCGAACAUGGAGUGGGACAUUUACCAGGAUCCGGUCGCAACCAAAAUUUUCGAACGUGGUGCCAAACUUUUUCCCGAUGAGGAGCAUUUCAUCGUUGAAUAUCUCAAGCACCUUCAUGCAAGACACGACUUCACGAAUGCGCGCGUGGUUUUCUCGCAGACGGUGAAGAGGUUCAAGGAGAAAGGCAAAGACAGUCCCGAGAUGCUCACAAAGCUCAAGCCCCUGUACACGUAUUUCCACAGCUACGAGGCCAAGUUCGGCGAGCUAGCUCAGAUCAAGCAGCUCGAGCAAGAGAUGACGGAGCUCUUUCCAUUUGACCCGAGCCUUUCGCAUUUCGCCGCCCGGUUCGCUACCAAAAGAUUUAACCCCCUCAGCGCGCGUGUUAUUGUCUCUCCUGGCGCACAAAUGCGGCCAAAGCCCAUCAUGCAGUCCGUGGAACAGCCACUUCCUUCAAUGCCCAACAGUCCAGCGCCUGUAUUGCACAGUGAGCCAAGCCCUCGACCCCAGUUCCUGCAGGCCACAAACUCGCCGAAACGACCUUACCAAGUGGACGAGGAGGAGUUCAACCCACCUCGAAAGAUUGCGCGUGGUGUGUCGCCGUUGAAGGGCGCAGCUGGCCGACGACUAGAUCAACAAAGACGCGCCCAGGGCGGUGGCUCUUCCCAAGCGGCUGCUCCACUCCCGAUCCCGCGAGAUAUCACAUUCCUCUUGAGUUUAAUUCCCGCCGCGUCAAGCUUCAACGCGCCGCGCUUCAGUCCGGACGGUAUGGUUCGGCUGAUUGCCAAUACUGCGGUUCCCGAUUACCGCGACUGGCAGGCGACGCAGGCGAGGAAUGCUCGCACAGAGUCGACCUCUCGUGCGCACACGCGACAGGCCUCUAGUGAGUAUCCAGCCUAUGCUCAAAAUCGGGACUCACCCGGUCCGCCAUCGGCAUCUGGGCGUCCUAUCAGCCCCUUCGGCGGCGCUCGUGGUGUGCAGAUUUCUGCGCCGUAUAGGAACUCGCCUCUCCGGCCCGGAUCCAGCGGUGACUUUGAGCCUCCGCAAGCAGGCGGCUAUCAAGCACCAGGACCCAGUCCGUUCAACCCGGCCAGCCAAGCGCCGCAGCCGCCCCCGGCGAAUACCGGAUACUGGCAAGGCGGUGCUUAUGGCCAGCCCCCAAACUCAUAUGGCCAACCUCCUCAGCAGUAUGGCGGCUGGCAGUGAUGUUGACGUCCCAGGGAAGCAAUUCAGCUAUGCCAAGCCAGCGGGGAGGUCGCUGUGCACAAAUCUGGAGCAGUGAUAGCUGACUUCGCGUCUCCAGAUUGGCCAGAUAGACAAACGCAUUAUCAUAGUUCGGAUCUAGAUUUAAUAAUUGACUGUAUCAUCAAAUGCAUAUCUUGUCUAUGAAUUAGAUUUAUAAUUCAGUUCUCAUUUUUCGAAAUGCC